AAAGGGAGUGAUCAAAUUUUCUUUUUUAGAGUCUCGUCGUGUACAACGUAGCUGUUGUUGCAAUGUCCAGUCACGAUCAAAAUACUUUUCCAGCUCGCCACAUGGAUAUCGAAGGGGAAGUACUCAGUGUCCAGCAAAGGGUAGGUGAUCUGGAGUCUUCUCUACAGGCUGUCCUGCAAGAAAAGAAACUUCAAGAGGAAGACUUUGCUCAAAAGAGAGCAAAAUUCAAAGAACUUUACUUGUCCAGAGAACAGGAACUAAUCAAGGAGGUUGAUAACGUCCGAGAGGAAAAGGAUAGAUUGAGUGAGGAAUUGGCUGGGCUAAAGGCAGCUGCAUCUGUCAUUGAAAGCAGCAAAGAUGAGGAAAUUGCUCAGAUCAAGCAAAAGUGGACCGAUGAGGUCGCAUCACUCCAACAAAUUGUUUCUCACACGGCAGCAAUAACUGCAGAGGAGACUGCUAUGACUUAUCUGAUGGAAAGAGACAAACUCCUUGCACUUAAUGAAAAACUCACACAGGAGCUACAAGAAAUCAGUCAAAAUCAAGGGGGAGAAAAAACAAUGACAUCGUCAGGCAGUGCUGGCCUUUUGACCAGUAUGACGAAAUCAUUCCGCAGCUUGACCAGCGCCACCACUAGUCCAUCUCCUACCAGGGAAGAAAAGCUCCCUCUACCCCAGACCCCAAGCUCCCCUUCAGCAUCAGACAAUCUGGAACAGAGUAUGUUAAAGGCACAGAAAGAUACCGAGCUGCUUCGAGCCGUGGUAGUUCCCCUGGAAAAUGAGAUUGAAAGCCUCAAACAAAAAUUAUCAGAUGUACACAGUGACAACAGGCUUCUGCAAGCGAGGCUAAAGAAAGCUAUUGGCAGCAAAGACUUCAGUGAUGCAGUUCCAUCAGCCGAUGACUGUGAAGUUACCAAGGAUGAUAUUAAUAUUCUCAAUGAGAAGAUCAAGGACUUGAACAAGGUGUUAGAGACAGAGAAAGCUGCAAGGACGGAUUUAGAGCUGUAUGUCGCUGUGCUUGGCAAACAGAAACAAGUCAUGCAGGAUGAAGGAGAUGAGAUGAGAACUGAACUCAAAGAUGUGUGCUGUAUUCUAGAGCAAGAGAAACAAGCUCACUCUCAGCUCCAGCAAACCUGGCAGAUGGCCAACGAUCAGUUCCUAGAAUCUCAGAGGUUGCAGAUGAUGGACAUGAGGAGGAUGGAGAGCGUCCUGACGGAAGAACAGCAGAGACAGAUCGCCGAGCUCCUGAAGAAGGACCAGGAGCGUGAGGAGCAGGAGAAGAAGGUCAAAGUCCUGAAGGAGAAGCGAGAGAACCUGGAGAAAAGACAUUCCAAGGAGACCGCAGAGCAAGAAGUUACUCAACAAGCAUCGCCUGCACCUGUACAAACCAACUCAUCUUCCCUUCUGAGUAGAGACGACAUCGAGGACAGCGACGAUGCUCUCCUGGUCCCCUCCUCCAUGGACACGCCUAUCAGCUCCACACCUUCAAGACUCCAUCCAUCUAUCAACUUUGUCAGCCCCAAUGUCGACCCAGAAGCACUGUUACAAUUUGACACUACAGACUCGGCUUCAGGAGCCAAGUCAACAGUUCAUGGCAGCUUAUCAGAGAUUGGAGCUCAGAGCGGACACAAUACGUCUGAUCUCUUGGGCACCAGUUACGAUUCUGUUUCGCUAUCAUCCACUAUCAGUUUAACAGAGGCACAAGAAAGAGCUAUCUCAGGAACUCCUGAAUCAGAGGAGAUGAAGAGUGUUUUGGCCAGUGCUCGCUCUAAGACUGAUCUCUACUCCCUGCUGGCAGGCAAGAGAGUCGUCAGUGAUACUGAAUGGACAAAAAUACAGGAAGAGAUUCGGUUUGCUCGGGAGAAGUUAGGAAGGCCAUGUGACAUGUGUACCAACUAUGAACAGCAGCUGCAGGGCCUUCAAACUAAAUACUCUGAAUCAGUGGAAAGUUCAAGAACACUUAGACAGCAACUUGAGCAGGAGAUAGACAAUGUAUUAAGAGAACAGAAGAUCCGUUCAGAGUUGGAGGAAAGCCUGAAGAAUGCUGCAGAAGAUGCUCAGAUACAGAUCAAAACACUCACCACCAAGAACGGAGAGUCGGAGCAACUUUUAUCAAAUAUUAGACACCAAUAUUUAAAAUCACAAAAUGAGUUACAUUCCCAAAUGCAAAUUCUAUUUGAAUCCAGAGAACAACUUUACCAAGAAGUCACAAAGUUACAGAAAGAGAAUGACAGUCUUAGUGCCAAAAGGUCUUUACAUCAAUCCCUUCAAAGCAGCGAACCGUUUGACUUGCCAACAUCACCACAGGAGCUUUCCCGUCUGUGCAUGAAGUACCGUGAUGACAUCAUCACAGUGCGGGUGAAUGCUGACCAUACGGAGAGCUCGCUGAGGAGUGAGCUUAGCUUCACCAGGGAGCAGCUGGAAUCAGAGCAACAUCAACGCAUGACCAUGGAGGACACCUACCAGACUGAGCUGGAUGAUUACAAGGAGGAACUACUUGUAUUACGGAACCUGCGAGAAGACUAUGAGAAAGAGAAGAAAACUAGAGGAGAAGUGGAAGAAACCUUGAGAGAGGUCCAGGAAUCAAAGAAGUCUAUGCAGGGAAAGUCUAAAGAGGUCAUCACUGCACUUCGGGAACAGGUUGAAGAAUUGUCAGCACAUAAGACAAAUUUAGAAGCCGAAUUGCAAGAGAGGAGGAAAAAGAAUCAGAAUCUACAAUCAGAGCUAGAAAACUCAGAGGCUGUGCAGAAAGACUUUGUCAAAUUAUCACAAUCUCUACAGGUUCAGCUUGAAGUCAUAAGGCAGAAAGACAAUGAAGUCAGGUGGCAGCAUGAGGAUGAUGCUGAUAAGUGCAAUAAUUGUAAGACUGUCUUUGGAACUAGUAAAAAGAAAAAGAACCACUGUAAGCACUGCGGUAAGGUGUUCUGCCCGGACUGUGUGACCAAGUCUGUGGAGAGUGGCCCUCGAAGGAGAAAGAUGCCUGUUUGUGAUGUCUGCCAUACGCUACUUGUCAAUGAAUCAGCUCCUUAUUUUAGCAAAGAAGCACCAGACAACACGUAGCAGUGUACAAUUAGAAGUAUUAUCGUAGGAAUAGAGCUAGCUUUUCCUUUGAUAGUUAGAGGGAUAGUAUUUAGCAAGAGUAUAUAAUUGUAUGUAGGACGCUAUAGUGUAGUAUGUUAUAUGUGAUACAAGGGUAACAGUGAAACUUAAAUGAUACAGUUUCAUAUUGAGUUAGAGGACAACAGCAUGAGUAAAUGUCAUGUGGUAUUUCACAAAUUAAAUGUUUAAUAUUACCCUUUUUGAGUACGAUUGCUCUUUGAAGCAUUUUAACCUACAUUUAAUUGCACAUGCUAGUAUCAGCUGUUGAUUGCUAACUUGGCACUACAGUGUAUGACAUGGUUUUUUAAACAUGUCAUUUGAUAUUUCUAGGAAACAAUAUUAUAAUACAUCGAUUGCAAAAAUUCACCACUAGUAAAUUUAUCUGGUACAUUAGAUACAUGCAAUUGGUUUCCCUGCAAUGGAAAAAUAUCUGUUUCAACUUCAAUUGAUUUAUGAAAUGAUUCUUUUAAAAAAAAUUGAAUAAUUUUCUUGAUCUAAAAGGCUUAUACCAUAUUUUUACCUUAAAAAAUCUAUUCAAGAUCAAUUUAAUGCAAUCCUAUCCAUUUGAAUUCAUUUUGAUUUCAAAUAUAGUUGAUACAUUUAACAACAUUUUGCACAUUUUGUGAUGAUAAACAGACUUUAUAGAUUAAACUUACGAUCAUGAAAGUUCAUCUGUGUUGGUUGAAAAUAAGGAAAGAUCAAACUUAUGCUCUCAACCCAAAGAAAAAAAUCCAUGAAUUACCUCGAAAUUUUCAGCUGCCAGUUGUAGCCUUCCUCAGUGAUGACCGAAGUAACCCAGACUGACCCAGUGACGUAGAAUUCGAUAGUCUGAUUAUAUCGCCCUCCAUCCCUAUUGAGAGAAGGUUUGAAUGCCUGGAUGUAAA